CGGAUUAAACCGGUUAAAGUUCCGGUUUGUCUCAGGCGCGCAUCUUUAACCGAAUAAAACUCUUCUCGCCCUCGAUACUCUCUUCCUUAUCGUUAUGGCUUCCGUCGCUUUGCCGGCGUUCACCUGCCGGAGCUCAGCAGAACCGACGAAGGAGCUUCGCGUCUGCACGAACCGCACCUGCCGUAAACAAGGCUCAUUCCAAAUCCUCGAGACGCUAACGUCCCUCGCGCCUCCCCAACUCCGAGUCAAUCCCUGCGGAUGCCUCGGCCGAUGCGGCUCGGGUCCGAACCUCGUCGCUCUCCCUCAAGGCCUCUUCCUUCGUCACUGCGCCACGCCUUCUCGAGCCGCUGAGAUCCUGUUCAGCCUAUGCGGCGACGGCAGGGAAGCUUCCUCUUCCUCCGCCGUCGCGGAGGCUCUCUCCGCUUUGGCGCUCACGAACAAUGCUCUCACUCAGAUCGAAGCUGGGAACUUCGAGGAGGCAGAAUCGCUUCUUACACAGGCUUUAGAGAUGAAACCAUACGGUGGAUUGCAUAGAAUCUUCAAACACAGAGCAGUGGCGAAACUAGGAAUGGUUGAUUACUCUGGGGCUCUUGAAGAUAUAAGCCAAGCUCUAGCAUUAGCUCCUAACUAUUAUGAGCCCUACAUUUUCCAAGGUGAUGUUUACGUUGCACAAGGUCAAUAUGAUCUCGCCGAGAAGUCAUACUUGAAGUGUUUAGAGAUAGAUCCUACCCUUCGAAGAUCAAAAUCAUUCAAGGCGCGGAUUGCAAACCUUCAAAAGAAAGCUGUUGAAGCAGAUGUGAGUUAAAUCCUGACAUUUGGAGUUGUUUUGAAUGCAUAUAGCUCACUACAUAUCUGUCAUUUUAAGGGCAAUUCUUUUCUCUGUCAAAACCGUUGCAAUAAUGUCUCUUUCUUUGGGUAGAGGGGUUUUCAAGAGUUCCAAAUUACGUUGUUUAUAGGUGUCAUUAGUAUAUCAAGUGGUAAUGAGAUUACGCUGUCUAUAUUAUUCAAGCUAAUGAUAUUAUAUUAUUCAGAUGAUGUUAUUCAAGUAUAUGACAUUAUUCUGGUGCUAGAGAUGGCACAAACAACAAGCUUCCUAUCUUUGAUUAUCACUCAUCAACAAUACUCAAAGAGUUGCAUUAAUACUUAGCUUCUGGCCAUUCUCGCAAUGAUCGUACAUUGCACAGAUGAACCAGUGCUCUCCAACCUCUGAUAUAAUUAUUGAGUCGUUGCCGUUGGUGAAGAGAGAGAUGUAAUUAUCUCUUCCACAAUCUGCGUAAGCGGUAGAGUUAACUUGCAUAACGUUAUGCUGGUCCUUGUUGUAGUUGAAAACU